ACUGACAGCUUGCAGAAUUGUUGUGAAAGUCGCCAUUUUUCCGUUUAAAUGAGCACUAUUUUCCGGCAAACCUUACGAAGACUAAGCUCUCAAAACCAACACUCGAAAAUAAUAACAGUUCCUGCAAAAACUUUCGAAAUUCCGGCAGAAUCAGCAGGAAAAUUAUUUCUUGACAAAAUAAAAACACACAACCGUGAUGCAGUUGCUUUGCACGAAAUCAAAACUGGCAUCUCUUGUACUUACGGCGACUUAGUUACAAAAAGCACCAACUUUGCUAUAAAUCUUCAAAGGACGCUGGGAGUCGUUCAAAAUGAUCAUGUUGCUAUUUUCGCUGAAAAUUCACACAAAUUCUGGAUAGCGACACUGGCUUGCUUGUACCUUGCAGUACCUUUCCAUUUGUUGAACCCAGAAUUUACCAUUUACGAAUUAAAAAGGUAUCUGAUGAUGUCUGACCCAAAAGUAGUGAUUUGUCAGAAACAGGCCGUAUCCAAUGUUCAGUCGUUACGAAACGAAUGCACGUUUAUCAAAUCUAUCGUACACUACAGUGAUGAUGGUGUCGGUGACAAGGACGUCGUUUCGUUCAAAGACUUACUUAAAGAAAAUCCGAAUGUUUCUUUUGAACCCGAAAAAGUAACAGAUAUUAACGAUCGAGUAGCGUAUAUGAUAAAUUCUUCUGGGACUAGUGGUUUGCCAAAAGGUGUCAUGAUCCCCCAUGCGACUCUUCGUACAAAUAUAAGCCACUAUAUGGACCCUAAUUUGUGCCCUUACCACAGUGAUAAUGUACUUCUUCACGUACUGCGUUUUCAACACAUCCUCGCUUUUACUAUUAAUUUUUCUGCAAUAUACGGAGGGAAUAAAAUAGUGAUGGCGGACCCUAGUUCUGGUCCCCAAAAAUUUAUAGAAACUAUUGAAAAGCAUAAAAUUUCGCAAAUGUUUAUUGUCCCCAUAAUAGUCGACUAUCUGGCAACUCAUCCUCUCGUGGAUCAAUACGAUAUGUCUUCAGUUAAAGAAAUUAGUUCAGGAGGUUCGCUACUCCCGAGCGCCAUUCACAAUAAAAUUUUAAAAAAGUUCAGAAUUAAGGCUGUGCGUCAAGUCUACGGAACUACCGAACUUGGAAUUGCCGUUUUCAUUUCCCCGCCUGGAUCCGUCGUAACCGAAAGCUGUGGUAAAGCAACUCCUGGAACUUCCGUUAAGAUCAUCGACAUCAACACUGGAGAGCUACUGGGUAGCAACCAACGUGGAGAAAUCUACGUCAAGGCGACUUCCAUGAAAGGAUACAUCAAGGAUCCUGAGAACACCCGAGCAGCUUUCGAUGCAGACGGCUUUUACCGAACCGGAGACGUGGGAUACUAUGACGAAGAUCUCAACUUUUACAUCGUUGAUCGUCUGACAGAUAUUAUCAAGUACGAAUCUCGCCAAGUACCACCGGCAGAAUUAGAAGAUAUUUUGCUCAAACAUCCCGCGAUUAAAGAUGUGGCGGUUGUUGGCAAGCCUGAUAGGAAAGGAGAAGUGGCGGUGGCUUUUGUGAUUAAGAAGAAGGGGGUGGAGGUGGGAGAGAAGGAGAUUGUUGAGUUUGUGAAGAAUUUUGUGUCCGAGGAGAAGUGGUUGCACGGUGGGGUGAGAUUUGUAGAGAAUAUACCGAGGAACCAAAUUGGAAAAAUUUCGCGCAAGGACUUGAGAAAACUGCUUAAGGAGGAAUUGAAAUAAAUGUUUAUUGUAACGUAUGGGGUAAUUUAUUUCGUGUAGUACCAACAAAUUUUAUCUGGAAUUGAAAAAAAUACUUUUGCGUUGUAGGAAUAAUUUCACACAUCAGUAAUCAGUAAUCACAAGUUAUUGCUUUACUCCUCAUAACAUAAUACGGAAGAGUUCGGUUUCAAAUGAGGCUAGUGACUCGUUCGGUAGUUUCGAAAAACAAAA